AUGUCUCUUGCAGCCAAAAAAGCCAAAGAAGCCAAAGAAAAGCAGAAUAAUGGCAAACACGGCUCCAAGAGUACUACGCGGCAAUAUGGUUACGACGAUAAAGAUUUUGAUUUUGUAUUCCGAUCUUUAUUUGGUGUACCCCGAGGUUUCGAUUAUUCAACCUAUGAAGAGGAGGAACGUCGAUGGUGGCAUCACCCUGCAUGGUUUUCUGAUUACUCUAGGAACUCGUGGAGAUCGAAAUAUAGAUUCUAUGACAAAAAAGAAGAAGAAGACGAAACAUCAAGAUCCAGUAGCUCAGUGUCUGACCCAAUCCAAGCUUCUCAUAGACAAACACUUGGUCUGAGUCCUUGUGCUCCCUUAAAACUUGAAGAUGUCAAACAUGCGUAUCGAACUUGUGCAUUAAAAUGGCAUCCAGAUCGUCAUAAUGACUCUACCAAGGCGGAGGCUGAAUCAAAGUUCAAGCUCUGCACUGUGGCUUAUCAAUCUUUAAUCGAAAAGUUACAGUCAACUAAGAUAUCUUGA